AUGCUGAGUGGAGAUACGGCAUGGAGGGCCGUAGCCAUCUUCUGUGAGAAGGUAAUGGUCCAGAAGGAGGCUGCUGAACGAGAGAGAGAGAGGAUGGAUCCCACCCGGAGGCGGGGCCGCAGACAUGCUCGCGCAUCUCUUCAUGGCCCUUUAAAUAAUAAUGGUUCUCCCCUACCUGCAACAGCGGCACAAAGUCACAUUGUUGCAGCGAAACUGAUAAAGCUGGCCAGCGGCAGCAGCAUGCUGAUGUACGACCGGUACACCUUCAGCAGGCCGACGAAGGUGGUGAGGGCCGCCGCGGGCACCCUCUGCUGGCGGUGCACCGGCCGCGGAGCCAACCGCUGCCACGUGUACAUCCACGUCGACUCGGACCUCCUCGUCGUGAAGACCUUCAACGAGCCGCAUUCGCACCCGCCCCCGAACUACGCCCAAACCUCGUCCGGUUACCUAAUAAAACUAACGACGGGCAGAACGCUGCUGAUGUAUGAUAACUAUACGUUCAGCACUCCGACCAACGUGGCCAGGACGUUUACCAAAACCCAGGCUUGGAGGUGCACCGGUCGCGGUUCCUUCCACUGCAAGAUGUACAUACACGUGGACACGGAACUGAGGGUGCUCAAGACCUUCAACGAGCACAGUCAUCCGCCGGCGAAAUACGCCAAAAUCAGCGGCGGGUUGGAAUACAAAUUUAUACCGUCGUCCAAAGGAAAGAAUUCGUUGAUCCUAAUAGAGAACUAUACGUUCAACCGGGUGACAACAGAUAACCGCUAUUGGACGUGCUCCCGGCGAAUUAGCACCAAGUGCAAGGCGAGAUUGCGAUUCGAUCAUCAGAAGAACAUCGUCCUCUUCAACAGGGAACAUAACCACAGCCCGCCCCGAUACGUUUGCCAUGACGGCGGCCAAUGCAGCGACUCGAUUGGUUUCACCGACCUCGAGGUUCUGGAGGAGCACGUGGAUGAGAGUGAGCCCUUGCUGUUUGUGGAGACGAAGAGGGGCACGACGAUACUGCACUACGGCGGCCACCAGUAUAAGAGAGGCGGCAUGUCCAUGAGCGGCAUGCGCUGGAAAUGCGCCGUGAACAAACAAUGCGGCGCGUAUUUGUGUCUCGACGAUUCCAACGAAAUUGUGGACACGAACCCGUACCACGAUCAUGACGACAAUCAGAAGCUCGAGACCAUCGAACCGGAAGAGAGUGAUACGGCCGUCGUCAUAACCUCGCGGAAGGGGAAAGAGAUGCUGCUGUUCAGGAAGUACACGUACCGGAAGCAGUACCAAAAGAGCAAGUGCUGCCGUUGGGUGUGCUCCACAAUGAAGAACUGUCGCGGAUGCGUCUUCACCGACCACAACAACUUCAUAACAUCGGCCUUCGAGGAGCACUGCCACGAUCCACCCAAAUACUACCUCAAUCCCCAUCACGUGUUAGACGCUUUGAGGGCACCAAUAGUGCUCGAGACUGAA